AUGGAUCUUCCAGAGUUGCUGAAGAACAAGAUAAUUGAGGAUGUGUUUAGAUCGCACCACAAUGCAGAAUGGAGUCUGUUGAUAUAUGACAGCCAUGCAGCAGCGAUUAUGAAGAACAUAUUCGUGAAGUCGGAGUUUAUCAACCACAACAUUGUGAUUUCGCAGAGGAUCGAGGAGCAGAGAAUGCCUGUGGACUUUCCGGUAAUAUACUUUGUGAGGGGGGAGGAGGAUGUUGCAAAUACAAUCAACAGGGACUUCGACAGCAAGAUGUAUUCAUCCUUUGUAGUUUGCACGUUGGAAAGGUGCGAAUGGUUGAAUCCUCUGAUAAAGACAAAGGUCGUGGAUACGGAUUUUGUUGCAGUUGAACAGAGAGUUUUCAAAUGCAGCCCGGAUCGGCUGUAUUCAGUGGGCAAAACAUUAAACUCGGUAUUUAAUGUAAGUUACAGUGGGUAUGUGUGCAGAAAGCCAGCAGAGAUGUUUGAUGAAGCAGCACACAACGAUUCCAGGAGGGGCGAGAUGAUUAUUCUUGACAGAAGCGUGGAUUUGUUUUCACCUUUCAUGCAUUUCUUCACGUUCAGGACGCUGCUUGAGGACUUGGGCGUUGAGGAAGUUGAAGUGUUUUCGCAAGAGUACAUGAGAGACAAGAUCUGGGAGAGUGUAAGAUGUGUUCAUCUUGGGGAGGUGAAUGAGACGCUGAGGCACCAUGCACACAUUCUGUCGAAGAUAGCACAGAGGCUGGAUACAAAGGUGGACAAUAAGGAGCUGAUGAAGAUGGUUCUUGAUGCACCGGCCGCAUCGAAGACAAAAGAAAGCCUGAGCAGGCUGAUUAGAAUGGCACAGAAGUGCUACAACAAGUUUGACUAUCUUUCGAGGUUUGUUGGGAUUGAGCAGCAGCUUUCCACGGGGUAUGAAAGUGACGGAAGCAAAUGGAAGAUGAAGGUCGAUGAGGUUUUUGAGCAUUUGUGCAAUGGAAGGAUUGAGAAGCCAGACAGGGUUAGGAUACUCAUGCUGCUGAAAGCAAACGGGUAUAAGCUGCAGGAGAAUGAGAAGGAGAUGCUGAAGCAUGCAGGAUUUACCAGCAAGGAGAUUGGGCUUGAGUUUGAGAACCAAGAGCUGUUUGUGCCGUUAAAGGAGAAGAUUGACCAUAGAUACGAGGUCAGUCGAUAUGAGCCUGUGCUUUCGAAUGUGCUGAAGAGUUUUAUUGAAAAGAAGCAAGGGCACAUAGAUGUAAGCUGUUUGACACAUUCAAGAGCACACUUGAAGUCUUUACGCAAGAGUUAUCUUUUGUCUGUGAAGAGGGAUGUCCUGCAUAAGAAAGUGUAUUGUGUGUAUAUAAUUGGUGGGAUGACAUUUGAGGAGAUAAGGGUUGUAUAUGAGCUGAGUGAGAGUCUAGGGGUUGAGAUAGUUAUUGGGUCAGAUAGGAUAAUAGUUCCGAGGGUUUAUGCUGAGGAGUUAGCCAGAGAGUAG